UGGAAAUUUCAAUUGUUCGUUACUUUUGGGACCUACAUGGCGUCCACGGCAUUUAUAUUGGGGCCUUUGGUGCAGCCGCAAAAAUUUCCAACAGACGCAGUGUACCCUUUUUCCACGGAAAAUUUUCCAAUCGCGGUUAUUAUUUGCUUACAUCAGAUCUUGGUCGGGUACCAGUGCUCCGCUGGAGUGGCUGUUGACUCUCAAAUGGCGAUUUACCUCUGGUACUUGUGUGUACGGUUUGAGGGGCUCAUAAUUCAGAUGGAUUAUGUCAAGAACCAGCAUCAGCUUGUGCAGUUUAUCAGGAACCAUCAAUCUUUACUGCUAUUCACCAAGAAAGUAAUUCCGCCAAUUCGUGCAGUAAUUUUCUCCUCGGUCGCAAUCAAUAAAUUCAUUAUGAUUUGUGCCGGGGUUAUUUUGCUAUCAAAUGGAAGUUGAUUCGAAAAAAUUCAGUGUACCAUAAUGAUUAGCUUUAUCGCUCUUAAUAUUUACACAUUCAUCUGGCCAGCAGACAGUCUAAUAGACGUUGUAAGGUUCUUUACCCUCCCGUGAGUCUUCUUUUUUUUUUUUUAUUACUUCAAUGAGCUAAGUUCAAACCUUUCA